CAGAAAAAGCUAUGUCAUUUAUUUAAUUAUAUUCUACAAAAUCGCGCUAAUUUGCUAAAAAUAUAUUUACAUUUGAUUGUUUAAUAUUAUAUAAAAGCUAAUAUGGAAACUUGCGUUAGAGGAUUUUCUUUUAUGCCAGAAACUAAAGUCGAAGUGGUGGAAUUAAAAUACGUUGAAAGUGAGGAAUUAGAGAGAACCUGGAAAACAACAAGAAGAGAACGUCUUAAACAACAAGAAAUGAAAAUUUGGGAAGAAUUCGUGAAAGAGGAAGACGUUGUACGCAAUAUUAGUCAAGAUGAUCCAUAUCAAUUCAUAGAUCAAUUGCCCGAUGCAUGUAUAAAGGAACUGUUAGAUGUGGAACUUCAGAAAAUGAAACAAGAAAUUGAAGAAGUCGAGGUGGAUGUGGAGUUGGAAGAUCCAGAACCCAAAGAAGUGAAUAAUCAGCAUGUGGUAACAUUUACUGAUUAUGCAGAGAAGGAGUGUGAAAUGUUAAACAUAUUUGAUGAUGAUAAAGACGAUGAUGUGUCCGGACCUGAAGAGGAAGUGCUUAAUGAUUCCAUUGGAAGUCCAUGCACAGUACGUGAGAGACAAGUUGAAGAUGAUAUUCAAUUGCCAGUUUCUAAACAUCACAGCUCAGAUAAAAUAUCCUGUAAGUCGUCAGAAGAGAAUGUGUCUAACAUGAUAGAGAGCAACAUCUACCGCGCUAAGAUAAAGGAAUUGAUGAUCAAAAUCAACGAGGAACUCGUUAAUAUUCUUGAGUUUUUGGAAAAUGAAGACUUCAGGAGCAUAGACCCAGUGGAUGUACCGAAAAUCAUGAAACGCUCCGUCGAGUUCUGUUCGCGGUUCAGUCGCGUGCACGUGUACCCGCUGCAGAGACAGCUGUCGGAGCUGGAGCGGCGGGCGCGCGCGGGCGCGGCGGCGCGACACACGCGCGCGCGCGCGCUGCACGGCCUGCACGCCGCGCUGCAGGACGUUCAGGCGGCGUGUGACAAGUUGGACGAGUCGCUCGAAAACUACACGCGCCGGAUGACUGAGUAUUUCAACAGUAUCGAGAGCGCGACAGCUUCGUCAUCAAGGAAGGCCAGCAAAGUAAAAGGGAAGAAGAAAUCUAUAGGGAUUUGGUCUAAAACGGGGAGCGAAUCGUACGCGAAAGAAUCCCGCCUGUCGAUGUACUCGGUGGACCCGCGACCGGCCCUCGUCCCCAAGUCGUCCAACUCCAAGGAGAGCACGAGCAUUCGUCGACUGACGCCUGUCGUGGACACAAACAUACGCACACUCGUGGAGAGUCAGCCCUGCACCUCACACCACAUGAGUCCCGAUGGGAGUCCGCUAUCAUCACCCAAGAGUCCUAAAACGUUUGGAUUACGUAACCGUUUAGACACGUCACCAAAAAAAACAACACAGAAUACCAAAAAGCAACUGAACGUUUCACCCAGAAACGUUACCUAUACGAAAAUUAUGAAUAAUCCAAAAUCAAAGAAAGAAAACACCUUAAAGGAAGCCGAAGAUUCAAUCGAACAUUCUAGAAACAAUAACGGUUCAACGAAGGCAAACAAUAAGACAGAGACAAGAGAUAUAAAUAUGAACGAGAAAGAAAGAGCUUGCAGUUUUAAUGUUAAUGCUAAUUCUGAAGACGAUGUUACGAGAGGUGAAAGGACAAAUGUGGAACAGAAGAAGUGUGAAAGGGAUAGAAAUAAGGUUCCAGAAUCAGGUCCCGCUAGCGUCGAAGUGACGAAACUCCUUCGGCAGCUGUGCGGUGGAGAUGCAGCGGGGAGCAGAAACGAACGCAUGAUGGGCGCUAAGAACGCGCAAUUGUUUUGCGUCACUGGAAGCAGUCCACGACAGCCGAGCACUCCUCAGUUACUUCGGAUACUAGAAGAAACAAUUCAAAAGAAGACGCCGAAGGCACUCUUCCCGAAAACAGUCGUACCUGUGAAGGAUGCAGAGAGAUACCGGAUGUCGUUCAACAUACCGGAACGCGUGACGGAAAACUUGUUCCAAUACAGGACCAAGUUUGUCCAGCACAUGCUCACCAGCACCAUGUACGCCAACAGCGCUAUCGGCAAACCGUGGGAGAAGAUUGGAAGCGUGUCCGAACAAAUUAUCGACGAGUUGCUUUUGAACUGCGCGAAGGAGAUGGAACUACAGCAUUACGUUAAGAGCUUGUACGAGAAUGAAACAUGCUGAUGAUAUCUUUUGAUAAAUUAUAAAUAACAAAUGCUAAAUUCUGAUUAAUAAAUUUAUUUGUCUUAUUAAUAUGUUUAAAUUCUAAG